AUGCAGGAUAUUCAUGGCCUGGUUACAAAGCUCACAAGUAAAACCAAUGAUGGCAACAGAGCAGCUUGCAGAAAGUGUGGAUAUGCUGGUCACCUAACAUUUCAGUGCAGGAACUUCAUCAAAUCUGACCCAGAGAAGGAUGUUGUGCUGGAUGUUAGCAGCACCAGUUCCGACUCCAGUGAGGAAUUUGUGUCUCCCCUCACUAAGCUCCAGCAGGGUAAACUUUCAAAACAAAAGGAAAAAAAGUUUUUUAAAACUGAGAAAAAAAGAAAGAAGAAAAGUAACAAAAGAUCUAGAUCUAGAUCUCCUCGACACAAGAAAUCUAAACAUAGACACAGAGAUGAAUCAGACGAGACUUCAGACUCUUCAGAAGACAGACGUGGACAUAGACAUAGAAGGAAAUCAGAAUCAGAAUCGGAUUCAUCAGAGGACAGGGAGAGGAAGAGACGAAAGAAAAAGAAAAAGAAACAAAAGCAUUAUUCAGAUUACGAUGACAGAAACUCGUCUGAUUCGGAAGAUGACAUAAGAAUGAAGAAAAAGCACAAAAAGAACAAAAGACACAGAAAAUCAAAACAUAAAAAACAUAGACAGAAGGAUGAUAGUAGUGAGUCAAGUUCAUAAACACUUCAUCUGUGUAGAUUUAAUGGAAAAAAAACACAUCUUGUGUUCAAAAUGAAUUGAAAUUAUGACAAUAUGAGAAAUGUUGAUAAGUUUAUCACUUGACAUACAAUAUGUGUAAUCACAGAUGUGUCGAGUGGUCAGUUGUUGACAGGGUGUUCACAAAUAUUGACAGAGCAUUUGUAGAAGCAUGUUUACAGAAAUUUUAGAUGUGUCUGAUGUUUCCAGUUUCUGAAAGUAAAAUUACUAGCUGGGUGAUGCCCGUUGUGUACAGUGACAUUAAUAUCAUGAAUAUGGCUACCAUUUAUAGAAAAUGAGUGUAAAUGUGUUUGUAAAUGUUGAUUGUGGAUGAGAACAUAUAUGUAUGUAUGUGUUAUUAGUGUUCAUGGAAGCAGUGAGAAGGAUUAAUUCAUUGUAUAGGACCAAGAAUGAGUUGUUACUUAUUAUUGAUAUCUUCAAUACAAUACAACAAUAUCAGAUGUUUAUUUUUCUCUGGAAUAAUAA